GUUGUGUGCGGCCGCUGGUUGUUCUUGUUAUCACCGAAACACAUGGAGAUGCCAUGGAUCCUUUUGUGAGAUACCAUGGAGCGCCAAAAACGGGGCCCUGAGCUGCACUUGACGGAACUGCAAAAAGCUGAUGCUCGCGGGCUUGCGUUACUUCAAGAGCUGAUGGACGUUUUGCAACGCCGUGAUCUCGCAGUCUCCGAUCGAGAAAGGUAUCGCAUGGCGGCAGAGGAUGUGGAGCCCAUCUUCCAAGUCCUCCACGAACUGCUCGAGACCUGUGAGGCUUCUGCUGCCCAGCUACACAGCGCAGCGCGCGCGGCCGCAGCGGACGGUCCGGCGGAUGCGGAGAUUUGGGAGCUCUUUCGGGUGGCAGACCGCGCGGAAGACGAUGUUCAGCUGAAGAGGCAACUGGUGGAGAGUUUAUCGCAUGCUUCCAAUGUGGAGCAGGUGAUGGCCGUUCAGGUGAUGUGGAGUUGCAAACCCUACUUGGAGCCGAGCGACGAGCCCAGCGAAAGAUUGUCCGCUGAGCGAUGAGCGAGGGAUGAGAGGCAAUUCAGAUUCUUUCGGUGAGUGCUGUGGGUUUGUGGACUAUGGACCGUCAGUUUACAGAAUGCACUUGUGGUGGG